AUGUCUAAUAAUCAAGAUAAUAUCAAUCAAUCAAAUGGUGUUUCAGCUGUUGACCGUUUCCUUGAUAUGAUUAUAGAAGGAAUUGAAUCUUUUACGGAAGUUAUUGCAUGGUAUUCAUAUUAUUCUUUAAUUGGUAUUGCAAUCAUAGGUUAUAUUGUAUCCGGUAUUUUAAUUAUGAUUAGAAAAUCAGUCAAUUUUGGUCACUAUAAUGAUGAUGAUUCUUUUGGAAAGAUAUUUGAGAUUUGGUCUUUUUGUACUUCCUUCAUCAUGUUAGUUUAUUUGCUUAUGGUUGUAAUAUUGAAAGGUGAUCUGUAUUACACAGUAAGAAUUCAUGCUGGGUUGUUAAUAAUAGUUCAUUUAGCCAUUGGAUAUCUAGUUUUUAGACAUUGUUUGUAUUAUAAAACUUAUUUUAUGUUCAGCUAUGUUUGA